AUGGCAGCUACAGCUGCUGCUGCUGUUCUAUCAAGUGGUCGUUUCUAUGCACUAAUUGGUUUUGAAAUUCACGUUAAACUUGCUACACGUUCAAAAAUGUUUUCACCUUCAUCAUCAGCUCCGGCUCAGACAACAAAUAGUCAAGUAACACCAUUUGAUAUGGCUUUACCAGGUUCAUUACCAUAUUUUAAUCGUGCUUGUCUUGAAGCUGGAGUACGAGCAGCUAUUGGUCUUAAUUGUCAACUAAAUAAAAUUUCACAUUUUGAACGUAAACAUUAUUUUUAUCCUGAUUCACCAGCGGGCUAUCAAAUAACUCAACAAAGAUAUCCAUUUGCAUCGAAUGGUGUUUUUCAUUUUCCAUUAUUAGUUAAAAAAGAUAAACUUAAAUCGUCAACAAAACAUAAAUUUGUUGAUAAUCAAAAUUCAUUUGUGAUAAAACAAUGUCGUAUAGAACGUAUUCAACUAGAACAUGAUACUGGUCGUAGUAUUCAUGAUGAUAGUCAAAAUCGUACAUUAAUUGAUUUAAAUCGUUUUGGUACAGGUCUUAUUGAAAUAGUUACUAAACCUGAUAUACAAUCAAGUCUUGAAGGUGAAUCAUUUUUACGUGAAUUAAAUCGUCUUUUAAUUAAGUAUAAUAUAUGUGAACAAAGUGGUCUUGAAACAGCUGUACGUGUUGAUGCUAAUGUUAGUUUACAUCGUAUUGAUACAAAACCAGAUGGUAAUCGUAUCGAAAUAAAAAAUCUUGGAAGUUUUAUUGAUGUACGACAAGCAAUUGAUUUUGAAAUCAAACGACAAGAACAAUUAUUAACAAAUAAUUAUUCUAUUAAAAAUGAAACACGUACAUAUGAUACAAAUAAACAUCAAACAAUACAUUUAAGACGUAAAGAAGAUCAAAUUGAUUAUCGUUUUAUGAUUGAACCAAAUUUACCACCAUUAUAUUUAUAUGAUAAUAAUGAUAAACAGAUAUAUGGAAAAAAUUUUGUUAAUAUUGAUGAUAUUAAAAGAGAUUUACCCAUGUCACCAUUAGAUGAAAGAAAAGAAUAUUUAGAUAAAUAUAAAGAUUUUUUAACAGCUGAACAUUUACAUGAAUUACUUCGACUUGAUAUGAUUGAUUAUUUCCGUGAUGUUAUGAGUCAACUUGAUAAUAAUCAUCUUCGUCAUAUUGCAUUAGAAGUUUUAUUAAGUGAUGUUAAAUCAAUAUCAUACGAUGGACGUAAAAUUCGUAAAUUUGCUCAAGCUGUAUCACCAACAUUAUUUUCUGAUAUAAUAAAACAUUUAGAAAAACGUAUCAUAACACGUUUUUCACUUUAUACAUUAUUAACAUUAUGUAAUAAAAGUCGUGAUUCAACACGAUCAUUAAAAUCAUUUCUUGAUGAACACAAUAUGUAUGCAAUUAAUGAUGAAAAUGAAUUAGAAAAAAUUUGUUUAAAACUUCUUGAAGAAAAUCCUAAACAAAUUGAUCGAUAUAAAACCAAUCCAAAAAAAGCACUUGAACAAUUACAUUCAAGUAUGUGUAAGAAAUAUCAUGGUCGUAUACAUGAUGAUUUAGUUAAUGAUUUAUUUAAACGUUUAUUAGAUAAAAAAACAAAAUAA